AUGCAGCUUUCUCAGUUUGUUAUUCUUGAAGGAAAAGAAGGAGGAGGAGGAGGAGGAGGAGGAGGGAGAGGAGAAGGAGGUGACGACCGGGACUGGUCGCCCACACGCUGCCCUGCCUGCCUGGCGCGGCUACGAGAUUUUGUCCGAGAGUGCUUUGAAAAAUCCGCUGAGGGCAAGUCACACACUCAGUAUGCACGCGUGUGCGUGUGUGCGCACGUGCGUUUUAGCGUUGCUGCGCGCGUGUGUGUCUGUGUGUGCGUGAAUCGAUGAGAUACGUGCUUGAUUGGGUCUCCCUUGUUGUAAUAAUGUACAGCAGCAGCAGCAGCAGGAGGAGGAGGAGGAGGAGGAGGGCUCAGGCUGCUCCCAUGCAUGCAGGCUGGCUGGAGCGCACGGAUCAGCCGAGCUCGAGCGCCUUCUGCCAAACACUUUGUUGGCCGCUGAUGGUACUUUUCUCCCCUCUGCGUGGCCUGAUAGGAGCUAUUUAAAUCAGCCACGCAGCGAGUCACACACUGCGCUCCGCUCUCCUUCCUGCGCUUCAAGCGGCGGCAGAGACGCUUUCCUCUGACUGGCGCUCUGUGGAAUAAAGUUCUUUUCUCCUCACAGGUAAGUUGAAAAUCCUCCUCCGCUGAGAUGAUGGAUAUUCUUAAUUGCUGAAAAGGACUGCUCCUUUUUUACUGGCCUUGAAGUGGAAGUAAAAGUUUUGUGAUUCAGCUGAGUUGGUGAAGCUUAUCAAAAAUAUUCUCCUGUAUUUUUUUUUUCAGACAAUCCUCAGGUUGGGACACGCGGCUUCACGGUGGCGAAAACAAAGGAUAAAAGACUCGAGAUGGAAGAAGGAGGGUGAGCAGUAAGGGUAAGUAGCCAGAGGCUGUCUUCCUCUCUCCUCCUGACUCCCUUUGCGCCAGAUGUGCUGCCGCUGCGCCUCGUCUCUCACGCUCGUCAAUAA